CAAUUUUGACUUUGUGGCUGUAGUAACUAGUGGAACCCACCGAAGCAGCGCCCUCUAAAGAAACUGUCCGGGAGAAGUGGCAGAUGCAGGAAAGGGGGUAGCUAAGUAACCCGUCUUGCCAAGGGUUACGAUGAAAAUGGUACCAAACGUUACUAACGCUUGACCUUUAAAUCCGGACGCAGAAACUCGAUCAACUGAAUACUCCUAUCAGGUAGCGGCCAUUUCAGGUCAAUCCAGGUAUCUUUCAAAUUCAGCCUACUAUAGCAAUAAACUGUCUGUCUAGCGAAACUAAUAGGGUUACAUGAAAGACAGCAUGUUGGCUGGUAAUGCCAGGCAAUUUGUCGUGUGCUUAACUGUGUUGGAAACGAAAAAAUGAUGUCUGAUACAACAUAUUCAAGAGGGACGGAAAGAGACAGAGGAAGGAUUACAUCAGAUUCGAUGGCGAGAGGCGCAUAUCAUCAACAGUAUGUUCACCCUGGCAGUCAGCAGCAGGGCAUAGACAUUCAGGAGCUUGCCUCUAAACGUGUCGACAUCCAGAAGAAACGGUUUUAUUUGGAUGUUAAACAAAGUGCACGGGGCCGAUUCCUAAAAAUUGCAGAGGUUUGGAUUGGAAGAGAACGUCAUGAUAACAUCAGAAAGAGCAAAUUAACGCUGUCCAUGUCAAUGGCACCCGAUCUACGUUAUUGCCUGGGGGACUUCAUUGAUUAUUACGCUCAUAUUGGGUUGAGAGGUGGCCUGGUACCACGGCCAGAAGAGCAGAGCAAUGGCCAGGGCCGCCCGCACGACUCCCGCAGAAGACCGCAGGAUCACCACGCAGCAUCAGUGUCUCCCACUGGCUCUGCGGUGUCGGAGGAACAUACUCAUCGCGUCCUGAAGAGUGAAUUCAUUGAGAGAGACAAUAGAAAGUACUAUCUGGACCUGAAAGAGAACCAGCGAGGCAGGUUCCUCCGCAUCAGACAGACUGUCAGCAGAGGGCAUGGGGCCAUCGGUUACUACGGCCAGGGCAUCGAUCAAACCAUAGUGUUGCCGGCUCAAGGGCUAAUCGAAUUCAGAGAUGCACUGUCGCAGCUGAUUGAAGACUACGGCGAUGAUAAUGCCACGGAUGAGCUUAGACGAGGCAAUGGGAACCAUGAAGAAUCCACCGAGUUUCCCGAAGCAGCAUCAUUCCGAGUGGACAAUAAGAGGUUUUAUUUCGACGUUGGUUCCAAUCGGUAUGGUGUCUUUUUAAAGAUUAGCGAGGUAAAACAGCCAUACAGGAACACCAUAACGGUUCCCAUGAAAGCCUGGGCCAGAUUUGGAGAUAAUUUCAUUAGGUAUGAGGAGGAAAUGCAGCGAAUUGUCACCUGUCACAAGGAGAAGAGGACAGAGACUCGCGAGGACAUUGGAGAACAAGAGGAUUGACAAUGGCAUUAUAUGGCUGUAAGAGAGUUCUAGUGAUGGUGGGUUAAAACAGGGAUGGAAAAAGCUAAACAUGACAAUAUCCUAGAACAUAUGAAAAAGUAUUCUUAAUGUAUCUCUAUUAGGCAUAUGUCUCUUGUCAACUCGCACUUUUGCUUUGUUCGUGGUCGUUCCUGUUUCAAUCAUAAAUUUCGAUUAUGGCAUCCGUUUUGAAAUUGGUGCAGCAGGACGUGUUGCCUAUUGAAAAAUGAAAAAUUAUAUUCAAAAGGCUAAACGAUGAUGUAGGUCAUUUGUGUGAAUCAAAUCUUUUUUUUUCUUCAUUGUGGUUGACUGAGUGUGUGAAUGAAAGUACGUGUGCGCAUGUGAUUGUCUGAUUGAGGAAAAAAAGGUGAGACGUGAAAGUGUACACGUCCUGUCCCCCACAAACAUUGGUAGGGGGUUAAUGUAAGAUAUACUGCUGAAUGCUAGACAUGAUAUUGUUGUUUAAACAGCAACAAUAAUUUGUGUAGGUAGCAUUUCAUGAUUUCGUUUUAUAGAGUAAGGGACAGUUUGGUUAACGGUUCGCCGACCAUCACGGACGAGCUCUAACUCCCUGCCUAUGUCAUUACACUAUAAUCAGAGCCGGCUGCAGACAAUUAUCAGCUAUCAGGAAAUCAGAUUUUCAACAUUUUGAUGCUAUAUUUAUAAUUAUAUCAAAUAUAUGCAAGGAUUUUAUGUGCCAAAGCACUACACACAACCAAUAAGCAAUUCAUAACUGCAUACCGAAUACCGACUUCGAGCACAUCAUCAUGGUUUGCGUUUUCAACACCCCAUUCAAAUAGAGUAUGUCAAUCCGGGACAAACAGGGAAUACAUCUUUCCCUACUCAGUAUCGAUGGCUUGGCUUGACAAUCUCUGAAUGUCAUUUAACUUUUUGCUAUUUUCUAACUGAUGUUUCUUUCCAUUCAUGGAAUGGCCAAUGCGCAGUUUGGAUGCUGGAAUUGUAUUAGUUAGUGGAUGAACGUGCGCAGGUAGCCUACAGGAUACUUUUGAAGUAGCCUAAUCGGAUUAAAACAUUGUGACUGGUUGUGUUUAUUGCACACAUAAAAGGUAAUACAUUUUAAAAGUAAAAUUACAAAUAUUUUGGCUAUAUUGAAGCGUUAGGUUCUAGGUCGAGGAAUCGCCACUCGGAUCAGAAAGGAGGCAGAACGCAGAGUAAGCUUUCCUGAAUAACUGGGCUUGCUAGAAGCAUAGGCCUAUUCUGGCUACACUAUUUAAAACGACGAGAAUGAUGAUCAGCAACAGAUAGCGCAUCAGUAUCAGAAAUUAAAAUACAGCCUGACCCACAAUUUAUCCAAAUGGAAUGAAGCGUUCAAUUAACUGCUUUUGAGCAUUUAUUCAAAUUACAUUAUUACUUGUGCUUACUUGAAAAUAAUAAUACAAAUAUUAAUUGCAUUACGGUGUUGUAGGAUCAUUUUAUUUUCCCUAAAGCCAUACACAUGUAAUUAACUGUAUAACAGCCAGCAAUAAAAAUAAUAACAUAAUUGAAAGAUAAAAUUCAAGUUGUACCCCAUGUAAUAAUACUAAACGACCUUUGUAGGUUACAACACCUAGCGACCUCACCGUGAUAGUUGAGCCUUUUGGGAUUGUAGUGAACAGUGGGGCAGGGAAUAGAACUCAAAUACCUGGCGUGACAGACAAACACCCUAUGCAUCGUGUCAAUAGGGUUAACCCACUUGCUUGGAAUUGUAACGUGGCACAUAUAGCAAGGUUUGCUACACUGCCCCCUCCUUACUCGAAGGCACAUCCCUGUGCUUUGACUACUCAGCCCCCUAGCAUGUCUGAGCCAUCGCACAGCCGCCAUCCCACUUUUGACACUAGUGUAGCAAACUUUUUUUUUUUUUACCUUUAUUUAACUAGGCAAGUCAGUUAAGAACAAAUUCUUAUUUUCAAUGAUGGCCUAGGAACAAACGGCAGGACAAGGAUAUAAAACCGGUGCUGUGAUCGAAUACCCAUACUGACAUACUGUAUACUACAUACUUAAUGAUUAUAUACUAUUAGUUCAUUUUAGUAUACUGUAAACAAACAGUAGCCUUUCAGUUGAGUGUACUAGCGCUUUGCCUGUCUACUGGAAGUUGAUGCUGUUGCUAUGCAACCUCUUUCUCGCUUGUUAGCAUAACACAUGACUAGCUAGACAUUUUACGAUUUCGGGUGUGUUCGUAAAUUCAAUAUGGAGUGCCAGAGAGCGCUCAGAGUUCGCUCUGGGCGAUCGUAAAUCCAGAGCUUUGUCAUGUUCAUUUGUAAAUUCUGUGUUUUCAUUCUCGGAGGCCACACUGGAAGCUCUGAGGAGUAGGGUUGAUCUGAGUGUUCUGACCUCACAACGGUAGUCAAGCACCCAAGCUAACUGGCUAACGUUGGCUAGCUUGCUAGCUACUUCCAGACACAAAUGAGAGAACAUCUCACUCUGACCAUUUUACUCGCCCUAGCAGAGCUGUUUUUUGCUGUUUUCGUGUUAUCCAGAGCGUUGGUGACUAACUGUGCUGCUGGCAACAGUUUAGUUUAGCUUUUUUUUUGCAACGUUUAUCGACACCGGCCAUAGUCAACGGGUGUAUCCGCUCUCGUUGGAAUUCAGCUGCAUAUUUUCCGCCAUUUAAAAAAAAAUCUGAAAACAUUGUGAAGCCACCCCCAUUGUCUGAAGAAUUGCAUUAUAGGCCCUAAAAGCACGGAAAUAGUGUCCACUGCUUGUAUAAUUCAUAUUUUAGCGAAUUUAGUAAGACAUCCAGGGACUUUUGGCAUGCUAACUAUGACCAUACUAUGAAAAAUAAGCAUACUACAUACUCAAUUUACAUCACACGUAUGGUUAGUGCGGUUAGUAUGAGUAUUCGAACACAGCUAUGGUCACUGGCUUGAAGGCCAAACACGCUAUGCAUUGUGCCAAUAGGGGUAACCCACUUAGUCAGAAUUGUAUCAGGGCUCAUAUAGCGAGGAUUGUGAUAGUAUAAUGGUUUCGGAAUGACAGUCGUAGGGACCAGGGCUUGAGUCUCAGUCAGGGUACCCCCUAAUCCACUAUAUUGGUAUCAGCCAGGUGUUGCAGAGCACCCUUGAAAGCAUGUCCCAGCCAAGUUUUAGCCAUAGUACAUUUGUGUUAGGCUAGCAGUGUUUCUGUCAGGUUUCUGUACUCAACCUGGUUUCAGAGCAUUUUGUAUUAUUCUGUACGUAAAUCCGAGACACUCCAUUUAGUAUGAUAUGUUACCUUUGGUAUGGUUACAUAAGGCAUAUGGUUACUAAAGGCAAAAAUAACCGGUGGAUGGGUAGGCGAAUAAGACAAACGUCUAGCAACCCAAAGGUUGUGAGUUCAAAUCUCAUCACAGACAAUUUUAGCUUGAUGUGCAGUUUCUGUAGAGAUAAAUCAGAUCAAGCCUGAACUGUGCGAUGUGGUAGGGAGUUGUAAUUUCCAACAGGCCAAUAUUCUACAUAGUUUAGAGCAGGAAACAUGGUAAUUAACUACAAUGACCAUAAUCCAUUGGGCGCCCACUUAAACCUGUCCGGUCUGUGCGGAGCGAGACACAGAGAUUGAGAGAAGAGAGAACAAGAGGUAUAGAAAGCAGUUGCUUAGUGAGCCUGAUAAUACAUGAUCUAAGUGAUUGAUAGUUGGUAUUUAGCAGUAAUAAAAGUAUGCCUUAUUUACUUUGAAGAACUACUAAAGUAGUGAGUUUGUCAGACAUCAUAGGCAGCAGCUCUAUCUGAGGACUUAGUAUUAUUUGAUGACUUUGAUUUCAUUCUAAUAUUUUAUUAAAGUAAAGUAAUGUGAUUAAAUUAUGGUUAAUAGGUGAUACGCAGUAAUGGGCAGUCACUACCAUCAUGGGGACUUAAAAAAAAGAUUUAUGUGUUACAGCAUUCAACCCACAUAUUGCAUAGUGCAUUUAAUGUAAAAAAAUAUUAUCAAAAUCGAAAACCAUGAUUAUUUUUUAACAAUCGAACCGAAAACCGAACCGACCUCAAAAAGCACUAAUCGCUCAGCACUAGAUAUUUACACAUUACUUUAAGUGAAAACAUAAUUUCUCCUCACAUGGAUUUUUGAUUAUCUGCCGUACUAUAUUUUUAGUUUCAAGUCAUGCUGACACUUGUGGCGCUAUAGAAAGGAGCAUCGCUCCCAACACCGAUCAUCUUUAUUGAUAUAGGCUUUGUUGCCUACUUUGUAAUAGUCUCAACACAUGUAGAGGCUGGUUAGACAGCAGACAGUUGAAAAAUGUGCCCUUGUCACAUGCCCAAAUGAGGUCUUUGAAAAAGACAGGUGAUAUUCUGUUACAAACUUCCUCCACAUCUAAUUUGUUGCCACAUUUUAGACCCCUGGAGCUUUAUUAGACCAUUUUUAUAAUUUAGGGGCUGUGUCCAGGAAACAGCACCAUAGACUUAUUGCCAGAUAAGGUGAUGGGGCUGAUAUGUUCAGUGACAUAAAAUGUCCUACGCUGAUGACCUAAUCCAUACAUCUUAUUAGUCUAAACAUCUCUUCAUAUGUCUGAGUGCCAGACAAACAAUCUUGCAGUACAAGUAAGGCCUUAACAUCUUGCUUAAACAGGGCUUCAAUUCAAAUGGUUUGUUCUAGUUUUAACCAACGUUCUGUGCCGAAACUCAAAUUUGAACUUUCCCUUGCAUCUGGUGACAAAGGAUGUAUGAAAUAGUCUGACAGACUGUUCAUAUUUCUUAGUUUUCUUUUUGGCUACAACUCCCUAGCAACUGUGCCCCUUGCGUUACAGGGUCUAUAAAACAGCGAUUCUUCUGCAGAGCUGAAAUUGACCAAUUUAAUUUGCUGUACAUUUAGCUCGCCAUAUGUUUGUUCCGCAUGGAAGAUCCAUUGAGGAGAGAUGAACCAAAUAGAACAGUCAGAAUGCAUCAUACUCAUGCUACUUUCUGUGUUAAGACAUAUUGUAGUUUCCACAAGAACGGAGUUGACUAAAUCUGAAGGGAAGAGGUACUGUGUAUAUGAUUAAAAAAAAGGAUUGGUCAAUAACAAAAUAGGCACGGUUAAAAAUCAUUGCCUCUAAAACAAAACUUGAUAUUAUGAUUUUUGAUAUCUUAAAGACAUAUAGUAGUUUCCUCAUGAAUGCAGUUGACUGAAUUUCGAAUCUCAAGGGAUGAGGUACUGUGUAUAUGAUGAAAAAAGAGUCAAUGACAAAAAAGGGGUUAAACUUGAUUAUGAUUUUUUUUCUAUCUUAAAUAAAGACUGUUGUUUUUUUUAUUUUGUAUUAUUAGAGGUGUCAAUCCAAACUUUUUUAUUUAUGGAAAAAAAUAUAUAUAUAUUUAACCAGGUAGGCUAGUUGAGAACUGUUCUCAUUUACAACUGCGACCUGGCCAAGAUAGAAGCAAAGCAGUGUGACAAAAACAACAACACAGAGUUACAUAUAAACAAAUGUACGGUCAGUAACACAAAAGAAAAAUAGAAAAAUCUAUGUACAGUGUGUGCAAAUGUAGAAGAGUAGGGAGGUAGGCAAUAAAUAGGCCCUAAAGGCAAAAAUAAUUAGAAUUUAGCAUUAAUACUGGAGUGAUAGAUGUGCAGAUGAUGAUGUGUAAAUAGAGAUACUGAGGUGAAAAAGAGCAAGAGGGUAAGUAAUAAUAUGGGGAUGAGGUAGUCGGUGUGCUAUUUACAGAUUGGCUGUGUACAGGUACAGCUUUCCAAUCUUUGGGGAUCUCAGAAGAUACAAAAGAUAGGUUGAAUAGGCUAGUAAUAGGGGUUGCAACAAUUUUGGAGGAUAAUUUUAGAAAGAGAGGGUCCAGAUUGUCCAGCCCAGCAGAUCUGUAGGGACCCAGAUUUUGCAGUUCUUUCAGAACAUGAGCUGUCUGGAUUUGGGUGAAGGAGAAGUGGGGGGGGGGGGGGCAAGUUGCUGCAGGGGGUGCUUAGAUGUUGGCCAGGGUACAGGUAGCCAGGUGGAUAGCAUGGCCAGCCGUGGAAAAAUGCUUAUUGAAAUUAUCGAUUAUCGUAGAUUUAUCGGUGGUGACAGUGUUUCCUAUCCUCAGUGCAGUGGGCAGCUGGGAGGAGGUGCUCAUAUUCUCCUUGGACUUUACAGUGUCCCAAAACCUUUUGGAAUUAGUGCUACAGGAAGCAAAUUUCUGUUUGAAAAAGCUAGCCUUAGCUUUCCUAACUGAUUGAGUAUAUUAGUUCAUGACUUCUCUGAAAAGUUGCAUAUCGCGGCGGCUAUUCGAUGCUAAUGCAGAAUGCCACAGGAUGUUUUUGUGCUGGUCAAGGGCAGUCAAGUAUGGGGUGAACCAAGGGCUAUAUCUGUUCUUAGUUCUACAUUUUUUGAAUGGGGCAUGUUUAUUUAAGAUGGAGAGGAAAGCACUAUUGAAGAGCAACCAGGCAUCCUAUGCUGACGGAAUGAGGUCAAUAUCCUUCCAGGAUACCCGAGCCAGGUCGAUUAGAAAGGCCUGCACGCUUAAGUGUUUUAGGGAGCAUUUGACAGUGAUGUGAUCGUUUGACCACGGACCCAGUACGCACGCAGGCAAUAAGGCAGUGAUCGCUGAGAUCCUGGUUGAAGACAGCAGAGGUGUAUUUAGAGGGCAAGUUGGCCAGGAUGAUAUCUAAGAGGGUGCCCAUGGUUACGGAUUUAGGGUUGUACCUGGUAUGUUCCUUGAUGAUUUGUGUGAGAUUGAGGGCAUCUAGCUUAAAUUGUAGGACGGCCGGGGUGUUAAGCAUAUCCCAGUUUUGGUCACCUAGCAGCACGAACUCUGAAGAUAGAUGGGGGACGAUCAAUUCACAUAUGGUGUCCAGGGCACAACUGGGGGUUGAGGGGGGUCUAUAACAAGCGGCAACGGUGAGAGACUUAUUUCUGGAGAGAUUCAUUUUUUAAAUUAGAAGCUCAAACUGUUUGGGUACAGACCUGGAAAGUAAGGCAGAACUCUGCAGGCUAUCUCUGCAGUAGAUUGCAACUCCGCCCCCUUUUGCAGUUCUAUCUUGUCGGAAAACGUAAUAGUUAGGGAUGGACAUUUCGGGAUUUUUGGUGGCCUUCCUAAACCAGGAUUCAGACAGGGGUAGGACAUCCGGGUUGGCGGAGUGUGCUAAAGCAGUGAAUAAAACAAACUUAGGGAGGAGGCUUCUAAUGUUAACAUGCAUGAAACCAAUGCUUUUACGGUUACAGAAGUCAUCAAAAGAGAGCACCUGGGGAACGGGAGUGAUUGCGGGGGCUGCAGGGCCUGGGUUAACCUCUGCAUAACCAGAGGACAAAGGAGGAGUAGGGUAAGAGUACGGCUACAGGCUAAAAGAACUGGUCGUCUAGUGAUUUUGGAACAGAGAGUAAAGGGAGCAGGUUUCUGGGCGCGGAAGAAUAGAUUCAAGGCAUAAUGUACAGACAAGGGUAUGGUAGGAUGUGAGUACAGUGGAGGUAAGCCUAGGCAUUGAGUGAUGAUGAGAGCAGUUUUGUCUCUAGAGGCACCAUUUAAGCCAGGUGCAGUCACCGGAGGCUCUACAGUGAAUUAAGACAAAAAUUACUAACCAAAACAGCAAUAGACAAGGCAUAUUGACAUUAGGGAGAGGCAUAAAAAAGAAGUACAUGAAAAGCACAAGAAUAUUCAGGUGUGUUUUAUUUGAAUUAUCUAAUGUGUGGUAUGGAAAUUCCAUUUGACUGAUUUAAUUUAUUCUAACGGGAAAAGUUUAACAACUCAUUAUAGAAAAAUCAUUCAAAGCACAACUUUCCUUGAAAAUUAGUUUGUUCCCACAUGCUUUAAUUUCUAUCAAUAUUUUAGAGUGCCCAGUGAUUUUGUAUUUGAGAUUAAGGCUUUAAUGAUGAUCACAGAACCUUUGGGGCAAAUCUUGCCUGCAUCAUGUAUAUCUCUAAAAACAAAGGCUUUUUUCUCUCUUGGAGAUGGAGAGAGAAUAUGAAGGGGGAUGCACAGAUCUUUGCUCUUCGAAACACAAGCCUCCUUUAAGAAAGCACUUUAAAAAACAGCACUUUACUCUGCUGCUUCUUACUCAAUUCACAUGGAGCGACCACAUGAUCCAUGCAUAUUGGUUUAAACUUUGAAGUGACAAUCAUGCUCUUAUAUUGCCACACCAUGAAGCUAAUCUUCGCCUAGAUGUUGAUAUCAUCCAUUUUAACCUCAAAAGAGCUGCACCUUGAGAUAAGCUGACUCAGAUAGUGGCCCUGAAGUCAAUAGCCUACCCUUCAUCUUUACGUUUUAUUUCACCUGAACCACUGUGACACUUUUGAAAUAAGGUCAAAAUCUUACAGUGUUAUGGCUUUCCGAUGCUAUUGUUUUGUCUACUUGUUGUAGUAAUAACGGCAGCUAGCAAUGUCAAAUGGAGUUGAUAUCUACCCUAAAUUCUGUUUUUUCUUCACAAUUUAAGUGAAUAAACUUGUGCUUUUUGGGGGGUGGUAUGUAGCUUAGUGGUCAAAUUUGGACUGUUAUCAUCUAAACAAAAGGUUUCUAACCUUUAAGCCUUGGAACUUCUUUACAAUUUGAUUCUAUUGUAUUUUAUUUGGGUGAUGAUUUUUCUUCGUUUUUAGAACAAAGGUAUGUUUGGAAAAUGGAAAAGAUGACCUGUCAGUCUGGUGAAAGAAAUACGAGGGAGAUGUUUAUUGCAACAGAUUUCUAUUGCAUGAAACACCAAGGAUGUUCAAGCAUCUUUAGGAGAUUAUAGUAUCCGAAGCAUAGGCUACUUAGCACUCAAGCGCCACAAAACACUACUAACCACCUAACUGCAGUAGUGUCAACUAAAAGAAGAAGAAAAAAAAAUGGAGUUCAGGCUUCACUUCAGAAAUGUGAGGACAUCUUUUAAAUGUGUUACUAAUUUAUAGUUGGUGUAUGUAGUGUGCUGUGAGAAGUAUGGGUAUUGAAGAAGCUUUGUUGGUUUUGUUUAUCUUUGUGUUUAUCAUGCCAUUUUUGCAGUAGAAUUUAAAACUAAAUGUCUAUGGUAAUGAUAUAAAAAAAAAUGAAAUGGUGAAGCAGAAAAGUUUCGUGUAUCUUUGGAUAAAUGUAAUGUUAAAACAUUAGCGUGUCCUGUAGUUCCGUAGAAUAUUAGAUGACUCAAAACAAGAAAGCAAUUGUUCUGUAUUCUAGAACUUUCUGUAACAUGUGUACUGUAUUAUUUCAUGUUCUACAUGUAUGGUACUGUAUGACUAUUCAUUCAAUGCCUUGUAAUGUUUGUAAAAGGUUGCAAUGUUUAGAAAACCAAUCUGAAAAAAACCCAAGUGUAUGCAUGCCAACAGUUGGGUCCUAAACUGAAAACGGUAAAAAAUGAACUAAAAAAUGGUGCUAUAACAUAUGAAGGUGCUAUAACAUAUGAAGGUGCUUAUAUGGACCCCAGAUGCAUGCAUGCAAAUAGGAAAUGUCAUGUUUAUACAUGUUGUGCAGUCAUCAAAUGACUCACAAGAUGUCCUCCCAGAACACAAAUGGUAUAGUGUAACUGUAAAUACUGUCAAUGGAAGCCUCAUCACCUAUCAAGACAUUUACUACCAACACUUGGCCACCAGUUUGCACUGGCCCCAGGGAGAGUCUGUCAUUACUACAGCAUUGAUCAAAUGAUGUUUUGCUAUCAACAAAACACAUCCCUACAGACAGACGGGAGACAGAUAGAGACCUGUAUCUCCUGCAGCUUUGGAGGCAGUCAGUCCCAAGGUGGCUGAUACUUUCGGUAAAGGAAAUAGAGAUUGCAUCAGUGAUGCCAAUUUACUGUUACACUCCCUUUGUGAUUAUGCACCAAAAGAUCUAUAGACAAUCUAAUUAUGUAUUUGUUUAGGCUUUUGAUUCAAAUGUUUAUGUCUUUGAACCGCUUUUACAUGUAGCACGGGUUGGAGAGGGCAAAGCUAAAGAUAAUGCAGUCUUCAAAAGGUUGUGAUGCGCUCUUGGGAUUGUCAUGGGAUCAGAUAUUGCUUUGAAGGGUAAACAUGAUGUAUUGCUUUGAGGGGUAAACAUGAAAAUGUGGUAGUUUUACAGUUGUAUUAACCAUCAUUCUUUUAAUUUUAUUUUUCAAUAAAAGUUUGACCAGAUUAA